ACCUAAAUAUAUCCUCAAUCUCUUGGAAAAACUUGCAACAAAAAACGUAAUUAAUGGACUAAAUGGGACAUUAAGUCCAAAUAUGUUAGUAUAUAAUCAAGUGCAAGAACUUACAGGUGGUGAAAAUGCAGGAAGCUUAUUCAUUGCUAAAGACUUUUGGAAUUGGAUCUUGGUUUUCUGUGUAUUGCAUUUAACCUUGGAAAGUUUUAAAAUUGGAUUAUCUACAAAUUUUUUAGAAUGA